AUGAGUGAUGUACAUGGAAGAAAACGCGAAAAGACAACCGAGGAAGUUGUCAAGGCUCGAAAGGCAAAAGAAGCCGUGAAAAUCAAAGAGUACAAUCAGCUUGUGGAUGAGUGCCGAGAAAAGAUGAAAAACGAGGUAUACAACCAAGACACCUUCAAAUUGACGAGCCAACUAGUGGAAUGGAAUCUGGACUAUUACACCAUUUGGAACUAUCGACGCAUUUUACUGCAAGAGUGUAUACUGAAAGGAUUAGACGCCGAGGAGCAGCAAAAGGUGUACAACAAGGAACUGAUGCUCUUUUUGCAAUUGAUCAAAAAGAACCCCAAAUCAUACUGGAUGUGGAAUCAUCGCAUCUGGUGUCUGCAAAACAUGCCAAAGCCAGACUGGCAAGCAGAGUUGGGUCUGGUGGAAAAGAUGCUGACCAUGGAUGCUCGCAAUUUUCACGGUUGGGACUACAGACGGUUUGUUGUGGGUCACUUGCGAAGGAACGCUAGCAACGAUCCUGAAGCACUGACUAACAUUAUUCAACAAGAGUACAAGUUUACCACACAAAAGAUCAACCAAAGUUUCAGCAACUACUCGGCGUGGCAUCAGCGAUCCAAGCUGCUUCCAGAAAUUGUCGCCUCCAUGACAGCUGAAGAGAAGAACCAAGUGGCCCUGAAUGAGCUCGAUCUCGUCAAAAAUGCAAUUUACACAGAUCCCGAGGAUCAGUCUGCUUGGCUGUAUUACUGGUGGCUAUUAGGCAGAGCCCCUGACCAUGUCACAUUGUUUGGAGCGUAUCAGAUAGAAAGUGAUCCGUCAAUUGUGAUUCUUGGAUUCAAUGAUAAAAUCAAGUUUACGCAAAAGCCUCGACUAUUGAACGAACAAGGUCAAACGGUAGACUGCAGGCUGUAUCCCUUUGAUUCAAACAACCAGAGUGCAGCGUCGAUUUGGAUAUUACAGCAGCAGACAACAAGCACUGCAAAGCGAGUGGUGAUUGAUGCCAAUGUCAUCUUGCCUAGCACUAGUGCAAAAUCAAUACCGCAUGACACGGUGUGGAAUUUAGGGUUGGAGAAGCUGGAUUGCAAUAUGGGCUCUUUGGAAUCAAGAUUAUCAGAUGAAUGGAAGCCGCCAGCAACUCAAAUGUACACAGAUCCCACGCUGGAUGAUCAGACAUCUUGGUUCACGCUGGAUAAGCUCAAUUUGUUUAAAGCCGAAAUAGAGACAGUGAGGGAACUACUUGACAUUGAGCCUGAUAGUGCUUGGGCGCUUCAAACACUUGUCCACUUUUUGACGCAACUGGCAGCCUAUAAAAAGCAGGAUCAGGUGACCAUCUAUGCAGAAAUUGUGGACACAUUAGAUAAAUUGUGUGACAUUGAUAGUGAUAGAAAAUUGCGCUACAAGGAUUUGAAAACAGACAUUGUCUUUAAACAACUGACAAGUACUUGGGCUCACUGGACAGCGUCCCCCUCUACUCGGUUCUCUUGCUCGUGCCCACCAUCAAAACAACCAGCAAAAAACUAG